UGUGGAGAUAUCAGACCAGUUAGACACACUCCAGCUACAGAGAGCGCCUCUUUCUCCAUUUGCCAAUCCUUCACAAGCUUUUCUUUCAGAGAGAACACAGCUAACUAAAACAUGGGUUUGUGCGUUAUUUUACUGCUUUCUUUUAUCUCUGCAUUUCACUUGAGCCAUGGCCAACAGCCAGUGGAGGAGGAACUCAUUAUACCAAGAAAGGCACAGCUCUUGGGAGGGUGGUCUGAAGUCAACCCUCAGAGACAAGAUGUCCAAGAAGCAGCUGCAAAAGCAGUGGAGAAGUUCAAUUUGAAAUCCAAGGCAAAGUAUCAUUUCAAGCUUCUGAACAUCAUAUCUGCACACACAAAGGUCACAAACAUGAUAAACUACAUGAUUGAGGCAACCAUUGGAAAAACAGAGUGCCUAAAAACUGAGCCUGCAGAUUUGGCUUUCUGUGCUUUGGGAAAAAAGGCGCUUAUGUGCAAGUGUGAGGUUCAGUUCAAUCCAAGGCAGAUGAAAUAUGUUGCCAAGAUGGUCUCUUGUAAGAAAUGAUUCUAUUUCUGGAUGGACCUAACCAUCAGUAGAAUGGACUGUAUUCACUACCUGCACUGCACCCACCUUCAUAUAACGAGUUUUAUAUUUACAUUUGGACUUGGGGAAGCUUAUCUUUCUUAGAAGAUACAUGUCAUAGGAAAUGACUUGCAAUUUAUUGAUGUGCUAUGACACACUCUGGUAGGGAAACAAUGAUAUAAAAAAUUAAGAAAAUGUAAUAUCUACAUUUGUACAGCUUGAAAAUGAAUUAGAAAGUUAUGGGAAUAAACAAAUACAUCUCAUUUGUGUUGUUUACAUAAAUGUAAAUGCCCCGCCGAAAUAAAUAUAUAAGUGGCA